UUUGAAGAAGUAGGUAGAACUGAGCAACACUCUCUUAGCAUGGUCUGCAGUUUGCAUUUAUGUUAAGAGGAAGCUGCAAGUUGGUUGAUAAAGAAGGUUACACUGGACUAAUACAUUUGGGGGUCUCUGCAUUACAAUGGUCCUGUAUCUGAAUUCGCUGAUGGUCUUGUUCCUGCUACAGUUCCAAAACUGUAUGGCUGAAGAAGAAAAAAAGGAUAUCACACCUUCAUCUUCACCCAUUCUCAACCAAACUCCGCCUUCUGCAACCAUCACAGCACUCACUAUCAACAGCACCCAGAGUGAUUUUCAAUCUUAUUCAAGUGAUGGUCUCAUAGCACCACCAUUCAGUACCAGCAAAGAUCUCUUACUUGCAAGCACCAGCUCUGCUGUCUCUUCUACACUCACUCCAACCAGCACAGACAAUCUGAGCUCAAGCACAGGUGACUCACAAGAAUCUCCCUCUUCCACGCAUGCACCCACUUAUACUAACAAAGAGGAUCUCUCACCUGCACCCAACAGCUCUGCUGAUUCAACUGCACGCAUGCCUUCAUAUCAAGGCAGUACCAUCUCAGGUCUCCUCAACACGUCAGACUUUCAUACAACCAUCUCACCAACUACAAACUUCUUCACCAGUCCUUCUCAUAUAGGUGAAACAGACAUUAAUUGCAGUGAAAUAAAACACAAAAUUGUUUUUAACCCUGGAAACAACCGCGUAUCCUCAGGAAUAGUGACAAUUGAGAAUAUUCCAAAAGUGGCAGAGAAUCUUACGCUCAACUGCACUGAUAUUGGGACAAGUCAAGAUAUCAUGAUAAGUCAAGAUACUCCCUACGCUUUCAAUUUCACAAAGCCGCAAUGUACAAAAUUAAGUGUCAUGUGUGACUUUAUCAACAAGAGCUGCAGCACUCCCUUCUCUUUCACAGAGAUGAUACCAUUAAAUUACAGAAAUUUUAAUUUAUCCGUUUAUGAGGGACAAAAUAGUAUUCGUUUUGAAUGGGACGGAAAAGAACUCCUGAAUACCUGUCACGUAAAAGAGAAUUAUACUUGUAUAGAACAAAAUAAUCCUACUGAAGAAUAUAGACAGGAUGAUCAAACAAGGAAAGUUACUAAUUUGAAACCUUACACGGAGUACAUAUGCACAGCAAUGCUGACUUAUAAUGGAACAGUAAUAAAUACUACAAAUAUUACCACACAGACAAAGGCUGCAAAACCAGGGCCGAUCAGAAAUCUUUAUUGUAAGCCAAGCAAUACAUCAAUUUAUGUUACAUGGGAAGCCCCAGAAGAGCGUAAUGGUCCAUUGUCUGGCUAUAUUUUAUCAAGACAACUUGACAGCGAAAAGGACAAUGUCACACUUCAGAAAAAGCAUCAUCAUACUUUUAAAAACUUGGAACCAUACAAGAAUUAUACAGUGUGUGUUAAAGCAUUCAAUCGUGAGCAAAAUAUAACUUUAUACGGAGAAGGAAAAAACAUAAAAUGUAACACCACGGAGGGAGUUCCUGAUAAGGUUACAAUUGUUAGUACCACAUUCGAGGGAAAUAACAUUAUUAGAAUAAAAUGCCAUCUCCAAAAAGAAAAAUUAAAGGGGCCAAAAGCUCGUUUUCAGCUUGAAUUUCAUGGCGGCAAACCGAAAAAACAUGAAGAAUGCGACUUUCAAAUUUCAGACCUGAAUUAUUUGACAACUUAUACAUUUAAGAUUAAUGUAUUCAAUGGAGUAUUUUCUGGACCCUCGCAAAUAGUUACAGUAACAACUAAAUAUAAUGAUAAAGCCCUCAUUGGUUUCCUGGUCUUCUUCAUUGUUAUAACGACAUUAGCCUUGCUCCUGGUUCUGAUUAAAAUUUACAAACUGCAGAGAGGUUCAUCAAGGCAGUGUGAGAUCUUGCCACUUGUUAACCAAGAUGAUGAGAAGCAGCUGAUGAAUAUUGACCCCAUCCCUGUGGAGCUUCUCCUUGAUACCUAUAAAAAAAAGAAUGCAGAUGAAGGACGCUUGUUUCUUGAUGAAUUUCAGAGCAUCCCUCGUGUUUUCAGUAAAUUCAGCAUUAAAGAAGCCAGAAAAUCCUGCAACCAGACUAAGAAUCGAUAUAUUGAUAUUUUGCCUUAUGAUGAUAACCGGGUGGUUCUGUCUGAGAUACAGGGAGAGCUGGGAUCAGAUUAUAUCAAUGCCAGUCACGUCAAUGGAUUUAAAGAACCCAGGAAAUACAUUGCUGCACAAGGUCCUAAAGAUGAAACAAUAUAUGAUUUCUGGAGAAUGGUUUGGGAACAAAAGUCGACAAUAAUUGUGAUGGUGACACGCUGUGAAGAGGGGAAAAGGAACAAAUGUGCUCAGUACUGGCCAUCACUGGAGGACGAGUCUGCAACUUACAAUGAAAUUGUUGUGAAAAUCACAGAGGAGAAAAUCUUUCCUGACUACAUCACACGGAAGCUGCACAUCAACAACGAGCGGGAGAGAUCUGAAAGAGAUGUGACUCACAUCCAGUUCACUGUCUGGCCAGAUCACGGAGUUCCCGAUGAACCCAAUCUGCUCCUCAAGCUACGUCGAAGGGUUAAUGCACUGAGCAAUUUCUUUAGUGGGCCAAUCAUUGUUCAUUGCAGUGCUGGUGUAGGACGUACAGGAACAUACAUGAGCAUUGAUGCCAUGCUUGAAGGACUUGAAGCUGAGAACAGGGUGAAUGUGUAUGGCUAUGUUGUGCAGCUGAGGCGACAGCGUUGCCUUAUGGUCCAAGUAGAGUCUCAGUACAUCUUCAUACACAAAUGCCUGGUAGAAUACAGUCAGUUUGGGGAGACAGAAAUCAGCAUUCCUGAACUACCUCACUCACUCAACAACCUAAAAACCCGUGACCCUCCAUCAGAGCCUUCCCAGCUGGAGAGUGAAUUUCAGAGACUUCCUUCUUAUAGGAACUGGAGACUACAGAAAGCGGGUAUUGACCAGAACAACAAGGAUAUGAAUCGCAACCCCAAAAUCGUCCCAUAUGAUUUUAAUCGAGUCCAAAUAAAGUUGGAGGAAGAGCAACCAAGUGAGGAAAAUGGGGAGGAUUCUGAAUAUUCCUCUGAUGAGGGUGAAACUGAGGACGACACUAAGUACAUUAACGCCUCUUACAUUAUAGGAUAUUGGGGAACCAGAGCCAUCAUUGCAACUCAAGGACCUCUGGGAAACACAAUGCCUGACUUCUGGCAAAUGAUUUUCCAAAAAAAAGUCAAAGCCAUUGUCACAUUGUCUGCACCAUCCCAGGAAAACAAGGAGGCAGCCUGCUUUCCAUAUUGGGAGAAGAAGAAAGAGACAUAUGAAGAUCUUGAGGUGGAACUGACCAAUGAGAAAUCUUGUGGCAGCUACACUGAGCGCACAUUUGAAAUCACACACUCCAAGAAAACAGACAAAAGGACUGUUUGCCAGUUCCAUUAUGAGCAGUGGGUGGAAGAACUUCCUGGGAACUUCAAGGAGUUGCUAAAUAUGAUUGAGAAGAUAAGAAAGACUUACCCAGACAAAAGAGUGGAGGAGUCAAGCAAGCAUGACAAAUCUGCUUCACUUGUUGUUCACUGCAGUGAUGGAUCUCAACAGACGGGGACUUUCUGUGCCCUAUGGAAUCUUCUGGAAAGUGCCCACACUGAGGGAGUCAUUGAUGUUUUUCAGACUGUAAAAAAUAUACGCAAACAGCGUCCUGGAAUGGUGUCCUCCUUGGAACAUUACCAGUUUCUGUAUGAUAUAAUUGCUAGUACCGUGCCAGCUCAGAAUGGUCAAAUUAAGACACCCAUCCGGCAGGAGGACACAGUAGAGAUUCAUAAUGAAUUAGCCAUGAAAGCUCCAGUGGUGAAGGAAUCAGAGAAGGAUGCUGUCCAACAGGAGGAAGAAGUUGAGACUAAACCAAAAGUGGAUGAAAGCACCUCCAACGGCCCCACUGCAGCCCCAUUCACAGAAAUGACUCUGAGAAUAGACGAAUAAUAAGAUAAUGGAUGAUGAACAUAGUUCCCAGGACUGCUUUAGCAUGGUAACGAACAGUACAGUUACAAAAUGGGUUCACAUAAACGAACACCCCUUAACCCAAAUCUGUUGCAACUGUGAGUAAUGUAUAAAUACAUGGCUUAGACUGCACACAGUUGUAUAAUGAUUUUCUGUUCUAAUGUGAUGGGUAGUUUCUAUGUAAUAAAAGCAAUGGCAAUCUCUGUGUAAUAUAGUUAGGCAAACAACCAUGCUCUGAUAUUCUCCAAAAUGCUUUAUUAUAGUAAUUCAUAUGCAUAUAUGAGCUCAGACUUACCUUUAUCUUUUAAAAUGUGUGGAUGGUGUCAAUGAAUUCUUUUGAAUUUGUUCAAGCAAAUUAUAAAACAGAUCUUGCUACAGAUUAUACAGGUUUUUGAUUUAAAAAUGAACGUAGUACAUAUAAAAGUAUACAACAUUACUGUUAUGCUACAUGUAAUGAUAUGUUACACGGGUAUUGGACUUAUUAUCCAGAAUGCUCGGGAGUCGGGACAGGACCUUAAAUCUGCUAAAUAUAAUUAAAACAUUAAAGAAGCCUAAUAAGAUUGUUUUGCUUCUAAUAAGGAUUAAUUAUAUCUUAGUUAGGAUUAAGUGCAAGGUACCUUAUUUAUAAUGACAAAGAAGUCAAUCAAGUUUAAACAUUUUAAUUAUUUCUUUAAAAUGGAGUCUAUGGGAAAUGACUUUCCCUUAAUUUGGGGCUGUACGGAUAAUGGGUUUCUAGAUAAUAAAUCCCAUUCCUGUACUCAAGUACUAUGCUUAAGUAUCAGUGUACAGCACAUUAAAUAACUACAGAGAAUACCACACAGUUUUGAUGCAAAAACAGAGGUAGCUCUUGUUUUAAGGUGGCUUGUUAUCCCUGUUUUCAUAUCAUAACUCUGUUCUAAAUUUUUGCAUUCUACUGUGGUAGGGUUGCCAUCCUCCUUGACUGAAAUUAAGACACCGCUAAUUCCUUAGCACUGAAGACAAUGUAUUGGAGAUGAUUGGUGUGCUUGUUCUAUCCCUAUUCCAGUAAUAUAAUAAUCUCGCCACGCAGUUUUACAGAUGAGAUCAACUUUUGAGCUGUGUGGAGAAGAGUACUAUUCUAUAUAUUUUGUGGAGUAUUUUAUGCAUAAAUCCAUAUAGGAAUUAUAAAAAAAAAUGUCAUUUCACAUUUUUAAUCGAACAUAACCAAUCCAACCAUGGUAUUAACGUGUUCCCAUUGCCAUAAGCAAUGGGAACAUUAAUCUAUAUUCAGAAUAGUUUGAUAGGAGCCCUGUACAUAAGAAACUUUAUUUCCUUAAGAUAUGGGUUACACGCUUGAAAAUCAUAUUUUUUAAAAAAAAUAAAUAAACUUUUUUAUUUUA